UUAAGCAAGAUCUAGUUGAAAAAUUCGUGAAUAAUUGUGCAGUAUGCACAGUUAGAAAACCAGCAUUUCACACCUUAGCAGCUAGACCGAUAAUUGCGAAAAACUUUUUGACCUGCGUUCAGUCUAAUAAUGGACGAAAAUUUGUUGCCCAAGUUAUUAAAGAACUUGUUGCAUUAUGGCCAUCAGUCUUGUUGAACAUGCAAACAGAAUCUUGGAGCAAAAAAUUAGGAAAAUGGCAAGAAAACACGGGUUGA